AUGGCUACCCCCAGACCCCUGAUGAAGCCCAAGAUCAUCAAAAAGAGGACCAAGAAGUUCAUCCGGCACCAGUCAGACCAAUAUGUAAAAAUUAAGCGGAACUGGCGGAAACCCAGAGGCAUUGACAACAGGGUGCACGGGAGAUUCAAGGGCCAGAUCUUGAUGCCCAACAUCGGUUACUGGAGCAACAAGAAAACAAAGCACAUGCUGCCCAGUGGCUUCUGGAAGUUCCUGGUCCACAACAUCAAGGAGCUUGAAGUGCUGCUGAUGUGCAACAAGUCUUACUGUGCUGAGAUUGCGCACAACAUCUCCAAGAACCGCAAAGCCAUUGUGGAGAGAGCAGCCCAGCUGGCCAUCAGAGUCACCAAUCCCAACACCAGGCUGUGCAGCAAAGAAAAUGAAUAGACAGCUCGUGUGCACGUUUUGUUUAA